GCUGCAGUUGGAGGCCAGCUCGACGUGGUAAUAUGGCUACACCAGAACGCGAAUCUUUGUGAUGGCCCACCUGAAAUUGCAAUGGAUUGGGCUGCACAAAGCGGAAAUCUGGAGCUCUUGCAGUGGUUGAAUGAUAACCGGAGAGGAGGUUGUUCUCCCAUGGCAGUUGUGCUUCCAGCAGAAGCAGGAAAUUUGGAGAUUUUACGUUGGUUACACGAACACUAUAGCGGUAUAGCCAUGGAGCUAGCAGCAGAGCAAGGACAUGUUGAGGUUGUGCAGUGGAUUCACACGAAUCGGAGCGAGGGCUGCAGCACGAAGCCGGUGGAUUGGGCUGCGAAGGAUGGGCGGCUAGAAAUGAUCAAAUGGCUCCACAAUAAUUGCUCAGAAGGUUGCACAGUAGCAGCAAUGAACGCGGCUGCGAAUAAUGGCCACCUUGAUGUCGUGCAAUGGCUGCACGAGUUUCGGACGGAGGGGUGCACUGUGGUGGCUAUGGACAGCGCGGCCGGCAAGGGGGAUUUUGAAAUGGUAAAGUGGUUGCACUACAAUUGCACUGAAGGCUGCACUACAUUUGCCGUCGAUGGGGCUGCGGCAGGUGGACACCUGGACGUGAUUAAAUUCUUGAUUGAGAACCGCACGGAGGGCGGGACAGUUGAUGCUUACGAGUUCGAGAGGGACAUGUCGAGGUCGUGA